GGACCGUGCUGCGCAGGUGAGUGCGGACUCGUUGCGGUUCGCGGUGUCCUGGCGGUCAGCACGCAGGGUCCCUUGCGGCCAGCCUCGCGGCCCACCACGUCUCGGUGCCCACAGCGGUGACGCUUGAGUGGCGACUACCGUCAGGCCCACAGAGCUUAGCAGGUGGCGGAUCGGGGAAGCUGUGUCCCUUCACAGAGGGUGACUGCGUGAGGGGGCGAAGCGGCUCGAGGUGACAUCGCAAGUCCGUUGACGCACUGUGGUCCUGCAGGUGCUUCAGGGUCUCUGAGGAGCCUUGGAAUCUCAAAGAUGUCCUUCUAGGGUUAAUGGGAAAAGCACUUACCUAUCAAACUCUGCCCCCUGAUGGUCAAGGGUGGCCUCACAGAUGCUUUUGUGCCUGCAGUCUGCCGCAGCGGGCAUCUCACUCAGAAUAUGGGAGAAGCCGGACUGCAGGAAUGAGCUCCAGUCUUUCCUUGAGAGGGAGACCAGGUGAUGACAGCCAUGAUCCCAUCGGUUUGGCCCCAGAAGUCGGUGACCUUUGAGGAUGUGGCUGUGUACUUCACCCAGACGGAGUGGGAUGGUCUGUCCCCUGAACAGAGAGCAUUGUACAGGGAUGUCAUGCUGGAGAAUUAUAGGAACUUGGCCUCUGUGGGAUUUCCACUUCUCAAACCUGCUGUGAUCUCACAGCUAGAGGAAGGAGAGGAUCUGGAAAGCCUGUCUCAGCUGGCCACUGGAACAGACUCCCAGGGCCUCUGGACUGAAUGUACUGCUAUCCAGACUGGCAUUAAUUUGACAAAAGAAGUGUAUGAAGAGAAAAAGAAUACAUUAUUUGAAGUUCAGAAGGACUUUUCUCAGGAAACACACUUUUCAAAAACUUAUAUUGUUGGCCAACAACAGGAGACGCAGUCAGCAGGAAGUGAGAGGGAGAGUGCCAGUGCCUCCGAUGGAAGAGCUAAGACAAGCUCCGUGGAAGGGUAUUUACUUAGUCCCACGCCAUACUUGUCCCAGGAUCACGCCAGCUCUUCUGUAGAGCAGUACUCUGACGCCAAACUUACUAAGAAUGAGAAAGUUACUACAGAGGAAACACCUUUGAAACACAAAGAAUUAGCAGAGGCUUCUCAGGAUAGCUCUCAAGUUAAUCAGCUUCCAGAAAGCUGUGAUGUGGAGAAGCCCUAUCAGUGUACAGAAUGUGGCAAAGCCUUCAGUGUUAAAGCCAAGUUUGUUUGGCAUCAAAGACUUCAUAAUGGAGAGAAACCUUUCAAAUGUGUGGAGUGUGGGAAAUGCUUUAGCUACAGUUCACACUAUAUCACACAUCAGACAAUCCACAGUGGAGAAAAGCCGUACCAGUGUAAGGUGUGUGGCAAAGCCUUCAGUGUUAACGGAAGUCUUGUUAGACACCAGAGGAUACACACAGGAGAGAAGCCCUAUCAGUGCAAGGAGUGUGGGACUGGCUUCGGUUGUAGUUCUGCAUACAUUACUCACCAGAGAACCCACACUGGGGAGAAACCUUACGAGUGCAGUGACUGUGGGAAAGCUUUCAAUGUUAACGCCAAAUUGAUUCAGCAUCAAAGAAUCCAUACUGGAGAGAAGCCUUAUGAGUGUGAUGUGUGUGGAAAGGGCUUCAGGUGCAGCACCCAGCUUAGGCAGCAUCAGAGUAUACACACCGGAGAGAAGCCGCAUCGCUGUAGUGAGUGUGGGAAAGGCUUCACUAAAAAUGCAAAGCUCAUUCAACACCAAAGAGUGCACACGGGUGAGAAACCCUAUGCGUGCAGUGACUGUGGAAAGACUUUUAGUGCCAAAGGGAAGUUAAUCCAGCACCAGAGAAUCCACACAGGUGAGAGACCUUAUGAAUGUAGCGAGUGUGGGAAAUCCUUUAGGUGUAACUCCCAGCUUCGGCAGCAUCUGAGAAUCCAUACUGGGGAGAAGCCAUAUAAGUGCAAUGAGUGUGGAAAGGCCUUCAACGUUAAUGCAAAGCUAAUGCAGCACCGGAGAACUCACACUGGGGAGAAGCCGUUUGAAUGCAAUGAAUGUGGGAAGUGCUUUACAUCUAAAAGGAACCUGCUUGAUCACCAGCGAACCCAUACUGGAGAGAAGCCAUAUCAGUGUAAGGAGUGUGGGAAAGCUUUCAGUAUCAAUGCCAAGUUAACUAGACAUCAGCAAAUACACACCAGGGAGAAACCUUUCAAGUGUAUGGAAUGCGAGAAAGCAUUCAGCUGUAGUUCUGACUAUAUUGUGCACCAGAGAAUCCAUACUGGAGAGAAACCCUUUCAGUGCAGCGAGUGUGGUAAAGCCUUCCAUGUCAAUGCUCAUUUAAUUAGACACCAGAGAAGCCAUACUGGGGAAAAGCCUUUCCGAUGCAUGGAGUGUGGCAAGGGCUUCAGCCUUAGUUCUGAUUGUAUUAUACAUCAGACUGUCCAUACUUGGAAGAAACCCUAUGUAUGUAACAUAUGUGGGAAAGCUUUCAGGUUUAGCUUCCAACUUAGUCAGCACCAAGAUGUUCACAAUGAAGACAAAUCCUAAUGGAGACAAAAACAAAACUAAAAAGCAAGCAAAACCCUAAAACCAGACCUAUGUUUAAAUAAGAAGCGGAUCACGGCUCAUCAAUUAUUACUUGGAGGAAAACCAUUAGAAGGAAAUGAAUAUGGCAGUCUUCACUCGAAAACAAUUUUUCUCUUAUUUUUAAUCAAGAUGAGCAGCUGGAAAGAUAUCUAAAAUACUUUUUUUUUAAAUGAAUUUUUGUUUUGUUUUUCAAGAUAGCAUUUCUCUGUGCAGCUCUGGCUAUCCAGGAACUCACUGUGUAGACUGGUCAGGCCUCCAACUGAGCUUCACCAGCCUCUGCCUCCCGAGUACUGGUGUUAAAGGUGCGCCUCAGCACUGCCUGAAUUUAUUUAUCCACUUGAUUUAUCCAGUUAUUAGUCAGGGAAUAUAAUGAAGGGAAACAUCCUAUUCCCAGCAGCCUGAAUUUAUUUAUCCACUUGAUUUAUCCAGUUAUUAGUCAGGAAAUAAAAUGAAGGGAAACAUCCUAUUCCCAGCAGCACCAUGAAAAGUAGAUUUUCUAGGAAAAUUUUAUGGGGCUCAAGAAAAUUAAGGAUUCUCAACUGAGGGAGACCAAAGAAAACAAAUACAAGAAGGAGAGAAAUUAAUGUAUUUCUGCUUCGUUUUGACAAGAAUGCAUUACACAUCCUUUAAAAUGGGGGAAAGUAAACAUUAAAAAAUUGUUAGAAGAAGCCUUUAAAAAAUCAGAUCCAAAAUAGAGAUGAACAGUAAGGAGAGUGUUGGCAAAUGACCACUCUAAACCCGUGUGUUUUGUUGUAAAUACUUCCAAAUAAGUUUGAGUUGUAAAGCACAGACACAUACACACACACACACUCAAAUGGAAUGACCUUUGUAAAAUUUGUGAUAUAGUGUAAUAUCUAGUACUCAGAUUUUAACAAAAGAUAAAAAUCAACAGGGACAUUAACAGUCAGCGCUUUAGGAUCACCAGUGUUCUAAAGAAGUGUCCCAUCUCAGUACCCCAAGGAGUGGAAAUUAGUGAAGACUUUUGCAUGUCACAUUGAGUAUAUGAUAUACAUUACCCCACCCCCAAUACUCUGCAGCCCUCAGUGAUUGUAGGUGCUGUAUUUGCUACAGAUGCCUGCCAUACAAGUACAAACUAUAUUAACAAAAUAGCAUGUUAGAGUUCCUAUUUUGUAAUGACUGAACUCAGCAAACAUGGUUAUGUCCCAAAGAAAGGUAUCUGCAUUGACUUCGAUGCUUUGUGAUAAUUGGGCUCCAUGAAAAUGUUGGAAUUCUUAAGAUACUUUUUGAAAUCUCUUUCCCCCCUUUAAAACAAAAACCAAAACAAAACACUGUAAGCCAUUAAUAAGAUCACUUGAGCUGCCAAGAAGCUGACAAUCAGCAGUUAUUUCUCUGUUGUCAACUGGUAAUGGGUAAGAAAGGAAAAGGUUUCCUACUUAACACCUCUAGUACCAAACAUUCAGGUUUCCACACCAAUUUAGUUGUUUGCAGACACCAACUGGAUGUCCUCCAAUUUCUAUCAAUUUUGCCAUAACAAACACCCUACUGGUGAAGUGGGCUCAGUCUGAGAAGACUGCCAGUCUCCUCCCCCCAUAUUCAGACACUAAUGAUGAGUCCUACAUUACUGAUUUGGUUACAAAUUGAACCCUCUGGGUUCAGUAAUUUUCUAUGGUAACUCACCAAACUUAAAGAGACAAUUUAAAGUUACCAUUUACUCUAAAUUAUAUCGUGGAUGUCACAGGAGCAGCCAGAUGAAGAGAUGAACAAGAUCCAAGGGUUCCCAUGCGAAGGUGUGUUUGUCCCCAGAGUCGAGUGCUUCACCUGUUGAGCCUUGUUUAGUGUUUGUAUGAAGAUUACAGUGUGUGCCAUGACUGAUGAGGCCUUGGCUGUCAGAUAGGUUUCCCCUUACAGAAGUCAGCAGGGGUUGUUAAAAGUCCCAACUCUCUUAGCACAUAGUUGGCUCCUUUGACAACUAGCCCCAAUCCUGGAGCUAGCGAGGAGUCUAGCGACAAGUCGCUUUAGCAUAAGCAGAUGACUGCAAGAGACCUUAGGAGUAACAAAAGGUUUUAGGUUUUCUGUGUGUGUGUGUGGUGCUGGAAACUGGAGACCAAACAUGCUUAAGUCACAGGCAAAAACCCAUUUACUUGGUUCAAAUCCCCUUAAGUCUGGGGAAUUUUGGGUUUGUUUGUUUUUGGUUCAGAAGUAAAUAGGAUAAAAUGAAAACCCAGCUCUGGGGGAAGCCAUUAGCUCUAGGAACAAAGAUGAACCCUGGGCAGUGUAGACUAUUAGUGCUUUUCCAUAUAGCAGUUCUUUGCAAAAUGUCUUCAUUACAUUACACAAGAGUUGUGUAAUGGCUAGUGACAUGGCUCAGCAGGUAAGGGCUAAACCUGACCCAAGCUUCAAUCUCUAGAGCCCACAUGAUGGGAAGGACAGACUGACACACAGUUGUCCUCUGGCCUCUGUGCAUGCAUGAAAAUAAUAAUGUCAUUUUAAAAAACUAAAAUACCUAUACUGAAAUUAAGCAUUUUGAUCAUCUUGAAGUGUGCAAUUCGUCUAUUCAAAUAAAUCUAAUAAUCUGCUGAAUUGCUGA